AUGGACUGGUUCAAUAGGCUUGAGAACAAGGUAGUUCACAUUCUUUCACCUACUGGUGGUACUGCAAAGGCAGUGGCGGAUAUAAGGAUGGCCUUUAAAGCCGCCCGAGUGGAAAGCCAGCAGGGGCAGCAGGGAGGUACACUACGAAUUGCAGCCUCAGAUAUCCGUCCACAAGAUAUAAUGAGCACCUUCCAACUUCAGUACGAAACAAAUGCGGAGACAACCUGGCAAAUCCAGCCUGAAGAGCAGCGUCCAAUCCCUGAACACCUAAAACCCAUGUUAUACGAUUACGCGCAAGCAAUAGGAGAUGCUGACGAGAACAUCGCUGUCAUCGGCGCACGGCUCGACGCCAUACUCCUUACUACACUUGCGGCAAACAAACGCGAACAGCUUCGCCGGUAUAACAAGGAGAGUUCCCUAUGCUGGAAAUACGAGAACCAGGUCGACUUUCUGUGGACCCAUAGGGGCAGGCCUCAUCUAAUCAACGGCAAUGUAGAUUACACAUUAACAUGUGGUCGAUCCAGCUGGGCUGAUACAAGUAUGGUCAUGGUCAAGACCGAAAGGCAGGGGUUGAAUGGCGAGUACCAGGCGCUAUCAUAUAUGGCCAUGAUCUACCACACCAGACAGAACAUCGGAAAGGCCAGUUCUCCCAUAUACGGCAUAGCGACAGACAGCUACCUCUGGUGUUUUAUACGACUGGACCAAGGCAAAGUAUCAACCCGUCGGCUCUCCUGGCUGGAGGGUCAACAAGUCGAGAUUAUUUCAACUCUGCACAAGAUCAUGUCGACCGCUGCCGCGAUAAAGGAGCGGAACAACAACGCUGUGAAGAGUCCGAGAAGCCAGCCCAGUAGCAACGAGAAGGACGGAGGGCGAAGCUCGGCAAAAGGGAGCGAAUUGGCGCGAACUUGA